AUGCCCCCGCUCGGGCGGAUGGGGCAGGACGCGCCCAGCCAGGUGGGAAACGGACCCUGCAACCUGUUGUCAAAGCAUGGAGCGCGAAUUAAGUUUGUCUCUUGUCUUGCUGGUCUGCCUUCCUACGCCAGUGGCUGGUCAGAUAACGGGCAGGCUUGCUGUAGGGUGCGGCGGGGGAUGCCACUCCCGGUCAUGUGCUCCCUGGUUAUGGACUUACGUGCAGGGUCUUGGGGAGGGGCGCUGGUGGGCUCUGAGAGCACAAAUCUUAGAUUUUACACCCUAAAUGCCUUCCCUGACUCCUCGUAG